AUGGCGCGCGCACACAGAGUAGCCUUGCUUGGCACGGUCGUCGUCAUCUCAUACGUGCUCACAUUCUUCAAGAUACUCUCGGUGCCUCUCCUGGACGCAAAAGUUGCUGACCAGAUUAUACCUGUGCUUCCAUGGUGGCUUCUUGUAUCAUUUGGUUCAUAUUGUCUUUGGUCGAUUGGAAUGGGCCUUCUGACAUUACGAGAAUGUCCAGAGGCCUACAAUGAGUUGCUCGGGGAAAUUACAGAGGCAAAGAACGAUCUGCGAAUGAAAGGAGUGACAGUUGAUUAA